UAGGAGCGUCAGCGAAAGUGCCAGCCACCAGCAGAGUGUUGGAACCAUGAAACUCAGAGAAGGAUCCUCACACUCUUUCCAACCUGCCACUGGUGUCCGUUCCUCUUCGGGAAGCCACGUUUACACAUUUGCUAAUGGAUCUGCAGAUCUCGACAGCUCUUCAGAAGAUGAAUUUGAUGUUGCGGAGCUACGAGCACGUGGUGGGCCGCUACCGAGGCAGAAUGCUUCCAGACAGAAGGUUGGGGACGUGGUUUUCUUGGAGCGAGCCAUCACAGAAGAUGACACCCUGUACAAGCUAGCAUUGCAGUAUGGCUGUAAAGUUGCUGAUAUUAAACGAAUCAACAACUUAAUAAGAGAGCAGGAUAUGUACGCCUUAAAGACUAUCAAGAUCCCGGUCAAAGUUCAUGGACUUUUAACAGAACAACACGAAAAGCUGAAUCUACAGCAGGGAGUUCCUUCGGCUUCUGUGAUGGAGUCGCCCGAGGAGAUGGCCUUCACUGUGUCAGAGAGCAGAGACUUGAGCAGAUACUUCCAGGAAAUAGAUCAAAACAUCGAGUCUGCAACUCAGACACAGGACUUGUUCAGCGAGGCCAUUGUGCCAGAUACCUCAAAAUAUCCAUCUUCUCACUUACUGAGGGAGAAAGACCCCAGUUCAGGCGCAGACUGGGGCAUCCGGUGGUGGAAUGCUGUUUUUAUCAUGCUUUUAAUUGGAAUCGUGCUGCCAGUCUUUUAUAUAAUCUACUUCAAAACACAAGUGACUCCAGGCACCUCUUCCAAUCAUUGGAACGGGACACAUAUCACCACUCCUCUAAACACAAACAUCAGUUCUGAGAAACAUGAGGAUAUACUGACAUUAAACAAGGAUGUCCAGAGUGCAUACAAUCCUAUCGAUACAGGAGGGUGAAGAUCAUUCUCAAGUACAGAAUUAGCUUCAGUCACUUUAAAUAGUUAUGGUGCCAAUUAACGAUUGCCAGUGUCAAAAUCUCGCAAUGGUCAUUUCUAAAUGCUCCUACUAACGGCUGUGUAAUGUGUAGACAAUCGCUCGGUAUGACGGGGAGCUGGCUGGAGAACGUUACUUGCUAAAUAUGUGCUGUGAUGGCCAGUAGUGCGUAAAGCUUAACGGUGCUGUUCCACGAAGAUGUCUUCUCCCUCGACAUUCCUAGAUUUUUCUAUUAUUAUUUUAAGAG